GUUAUUUGUUUCAUGGAUUAUAUUGAAUUUAUAUUUUUUUUCGAUCUUUGCUCAAGUUUUUCACCGAAGACCGUGAAAAAGGAGUUCAAAACAUUGCUAUUUAGUCCUAAUCGUAUUUCAAUGACGCAUGUCGUUUGACUUGAACCAUGACAUGAAUGGCAGCUCAAAUUUAAUCACAAAUUUAACAAAGAGAAACCGGACAAAAAGGGAUCAACAAAACGGACACUUUUCGAACGAUAGUUACGAUACUGAAACCCCCGGUCAAAUGGUCCCUAAAAUUCGUGUGGUUUCGGGCGGUUAUGAACCAGUCAAUUUAAUUCAAGAGGACGGAUCAGGCAGUUUACUUGAAAAUGGUGAAGCUAUUACAAAAGUUGAUGAACAUAGACUUGAAAAUGGCACUGUAGUUGAUAAAAGUUUUGAACAUGAAACUGAGAAUGAUAUUAAGGAAGAAACAUCGUUCACUAUAGCCUUUGAAGUUUUAAUACCGUUUUUGAUAGCUGGCCUAGGCACUGUUGGAGCAGGAUUAUUAUUAGAUAAAGUACAGCAUUAUGAUGUCUUUGAACAAGUCAGUGAGAUCUUUAUUCUGGUUCCAGCUCUACUUGGCUUAAAAGGAAAUCUUGAAAUGACACUAGCUUCUCGACUCUCAACUGCAGCUAAUGUUGGAAAUAUUGACAGCAAAUCCGAGCAGUGGAAAUUAAUCAGUGGAAAUAUGGUUUUAAUUCAGGUACAAGCUAUUGUUGUGGCCACCUUAGCUGCAAGUGCUGCAGUAACAAUGGGUUGGGUUGUGGAUGGCCAUUUUAACAUCGACCAUGCGACAUUGUUAUGUGCAAGCAGUCUUGUGACUGCUACUGUGGCAAGUCUUAUACUUGGUUCACUUAUGGUGGGGAUCAUUUUGUUGUCACGGCGAAUCAAGAUAAAUCCUGAUAACAUUGCAACACCAAUUGCUGCAAGUCUUGGAGAUUUGGUCACCUUAGCUCUAUUAUCAGGCAUUAGCAGCUUCUUACAUAGGUGUUUAGGUUCAAAUCACUGGAUAGCACCUUUGAUCAGUGGAGGAUUUUAUUUACUUUUGCCAUGCUUUAUAUACAUAUGCCAUCACAACAAAUACACACAGAAUAUAUUAUACAAUGGGUGGAAUCCUGUUAUUAGUGCUAUGGUCAUAAGCAGUGGUGGUGGUGUCAUUCUUGAUUAUACAGUUGCAAACUACAAAGGAAUUGCGGUUUAUAAUCCAGUUAUUAAUGGUGUUGGUGGUAAUUUAGUUGCUGUACAAGCUAGUAGGAUAUCAACUAGCCUUCAUCAGAAAGGCAAGCCAGGGGAAUUGCCCAAAGGAGCAGGUUUUAAAGGAUGUCUUCAUGCAUUCUUUGGAAAAGGGCAAACUGCAAGGGCAGCCAGAGUAUUGCUUGCCUUGGCUAUACCAGGUCAUCUUAUAUUCCUGAAUAUCAUUGCUAAGCUUCAAGCUGGUCAUACAACAGUGACUCUAAUCUUUACAGUAGCGUACUUAUUGGUUGGUUUUCUACAAGGAACUGUUCUUUUGUUGACUGCUGAUUGGCUGGUUCAUUUAAUUUGGAAAAGAGGAAACGACCCGGAUAAUGUGGCCAUUCCAUAUUUGACUGCCCUGGGCGAUUUGCUAGGGACUGGAUUCCUAGCCGUGGCAUUUCAUAUAUUGUGGUUGGUUGGAGACAGGGAUGCUGAUGUUGGAGAUUAAUGAUUGUAGAAUUGAGCGGUAGCUGAACUACGAACGAGGAAGACAGAGAAGAAAGAGAACAGCAGCGAAGUAAUAUAUCGACUAUCAGCUAUUCCUCGGUUUCACGCGACGUCAUAGAUUCGUGUGGGGGUCAACUUGAAAUCGAGGCAAAGGAAACGCAUUGAGUUAGUUGUUUACUGCACGUGAUGACAUCGUGUUUCACGUGUGUGCAAUUUCGUAUCAUUUGCUAACUUCUAUAAUAUGCAGCAUAAUCACCGAAAUUGAAUUAUACAUUUGAGACUGACCCCUACAUAAAUUACUGAUUAAUUAAAAUAGUCCGUGAAACCAGGAACAAAUUAUCUUAGGAAAGUCUUUUUAAACUUUUCUCACAUUUUUUUUUAAAUUUAUGUGCUCCCGUUUAUAUGUGCCAUAUUGGCAAAUAUUUUCGGUUGCGAUGCAGAAUUUUAUAAAAAUGCAAACUACGUUUUAUGACAGAUAUUUUGGUGUCCAGCGCUUCAUAAUUCAUACAGUACCUUGUCCUAACCUUACCCGUCUAGCAAAAUAUCGGACAUGAAUCAAUAGUUGUAUCAUUAGAAAUAUUGUAUCCUGUGUAUGGAACCACCUUAAUUACGAAUAUUACCAGUCAACGGAUGAUUUUGUAAAAACAUAGGUCAUUGCCAAACUUAAAAGCGAAAAUUUUUAUUGCGUCAUCUUUAAGAAUUUCAUAGCUACCUUCCGACAGUCGGAUAUCUGCAUGGUGCCUGAUAUAGGGUAGAAACAAUACCAGAUUAAUAGAUUUUUUAUAAUCCACGGCUAUGUUUAUUUAUUCUCCGUCCUUAGUAAUUAUUUUCUAUUAUCGUACUCGCGCGUAACCACAAUAAAUUAUACCUUUUUAAUUUAAAAUAA